GGACUGUCUUCCAUCGAUUUCUCUAUAUAGUCAGGUGAUAACGGGAAGUCAGCCUGGACUCCAGACUAACCUCAUCCUGACUAGUUCUCUCUCGCUUCGAAUCCUCUUUUCUUCGUAUUCCAACGCUCAAUCAUCUCGCACCACAUAUCCUGCCAGGAUGGCCAGCAUGAUUCAUCACCUCCCUCCCAGGACACCUCACACCUCACCCUUCUACAACUCACAACUCACAACUCAUCAGGUCUCCAUCCUGCUUAUCACUACUCCUCAUCUUAACUGUCCAGAUCCUCCACCCCAUACCUCAAUUUCCAUCAACAAGUAUCCCUCACCAUCGCUAAUCCCAGAACGGCCAUCACCCCGGCGAUCCAAGGGUCUCGACCCCGGUGAUUCCUCCCGCCAAGAUCUUGCCUCCCCUGUUCCAAGGCUUGGUACCAGUCCACCACCGUUCUUUGUUGUCCUAAUCUCUUCGUGGAGGCUCAGCACGACGGUGACAACAGGCUAAAGCCCUCCAGACCGAGGCCUGUCCUGUAAAUCCCAACUUUGAACCCACGCAGUGCCACCCAAAGGAUCAAUCCGUCUAACCGUCAGACCGUCAGACGCAGGGGUUCAGCUGGCAACAAUCGUCGGACGGGUCCGUCGGGCGGGGCGGGUUCUGAAUCUAGUUUGGUUCUCCUGACCGAAUCCUUCGCGUGG